AUGGAAGGAGUUCUGUACAAGUGGACCAAUUACAUCGCAGGUGAGGGGCGUCCCGGGCACCGGGGCGAGGGCCGCCCGCCCGUUGUUGUUGUUCCGUCGUCGUCCCUGGCGACGCUGCUGGAGCCCGGGCGCCGGCUUCCGGGUUGGGGGUGGCUGCCUGGCGGCUUGGACUGGGUUUCUGCCUGGCAGAAUGGAAGGCGCGCUUGGCUAGGGCUGAGGAAGCAAGAGGCCGCCGCUUCAAAGCGUGCGCUGCUGCGUUUGGCCUAGUGCUGUCAGCCCCCUAAUCUGAGAGCCCCUUCCCACACAUGCUAGUCUGUGGGCAUUUAAUGGGGGUGGGGGUGGGAAACAAUCCUUGCUGCCUGUCAAAAGUGCUCCAGGAUAGGGGCUUGUGUGUGCAUCCAUCUCCCUCCCCCCCUCUAAGUUUACCUCAUCUUUCUUUUUUGCCUUCUAAUGGAUUAUGGGAUAUUGCUUCAUUUGAUAGAAGUCGUUUGUUUUUAAGUCAUCAUGAGUUUCUUUUCAUACCGGGUUGUUAUUAGAUGUGCGAUCUUUGCUGUUUAUUUUGUUGUUUCUUCAGCUUGUAAGCUGCCAUGUGUAUAGUAAUAUAGAAAGGCGGUAUGCAAAUUAAAAGGGAAAUGAAAUGAAAUCUUAGAGCUGGACUGGAUAAAAUAGUUGGCAGCCCCACAGGGCGGAGAGGAGAGGCGAUUGUGUGUGGAAAGGGGGGGGCUCCCUCAUAUGCCCAUUUUGCAGUGUUAGAAACUCAUAUAAGCUUGGUGCCAAAUGGCUCCUUAAAUCAGGGCUACAGUCACCAAAACAGAAUGCCUUGUUGCCGUGUUUCUGCCAGACAGCUCGAAAGUCGUAUUUCUCAGUAUGACUUUUGGGUUCCUGAAAUCCAUUCUAACGGUGCAGAUAAAAUAUAACUUGCUGAAUUCAGCGGGAUGUGUUGCUAGUGUGUGAAAAUAGUCAAGAUCCAAGGAUCCCCAGGCAUGCACCUUCAGAUGGCAGAGACAUCAGGUAGCUUCACUUGGUCGCAAGUGGCCGAUAGUCAGGUGCAAAAUGUGCCUGGCGAAUUUCGAAGGCUGCCCUUUUGCUCCAUGACUUGGGUGGGGGAACCAAGGGCCUGAGAGCUGGGUGCGGCCCUCCAAGCUGCUCUGUCUGGCCCCUGAGACUUUCCUGGCCAAUCCAUUCCCUCCCAGAUGCACCCCUUUCUGGUCCUGGGUCACACCCUCUUUGAGUGCUCUUGCCUGGCUGGAAUGUGUUCCUGAACUCUGACAAUGCCUCUUGCUUCCCGGAAUGGAGGGUAGCUGAGGGUACAUGAGUGAGCUCAUCUACUGUACAGAGGUGAUGUUUGCAUUCUUUGCUUCCCCCACUUUUUGCUAUGGCUAUGCCCUGGGGCACCGGCUUGUGUCUCCUGAGUGGAAUGUGGCUUUCGUGCCGAAACAGGUUCUCUACCUUGAUUCUACCAAGUUUCACUUGCCAGUUUUAAAUGCAAGCAUAGGAGACAAUUAAAGGGCAAAUUGGCUGCCUUCAUCACAUCUAGGUUCUCACCAGAACUUCCCUCUUUUAUUAUCUAUCAUCCUGCUGUAUCUCAAGAGCUGUUACCCAAAAUAUAUAUGGUGACUGCAGGUGUAAUUAAAGUUGCACUCUGUUUGCCUGUGCUUUUAACAGUGACUUCCCUGCUUUAAAUUUAGCAACUUGGCUGAGUAAAUAAGGCUGCACGCAGAGAUAAUGGCAGAUAUGGCCGCUGACAGAUAAAAGGGGGGCUUGGAGUUGCAUUGCAUCGCUGGGGGUGGGGAAAGGAAGCAUUUGAAAAAUAAUUACAGUAGGAAGGAAGGAAACGUUUGAAAAAUAAUUACAGUAAAAGGUACAGUAGGGUUGGGAAGCAUUUUGUAGGGUUGCCCCAGCCAUAGUUCCUAACAUGACACUAUUUGAUCUCUAGCAUGAUAUGACAUUUAAUUAUACCCAGGCCCGUUCGGCAAAUUUAGAGCCUUCACAUGACCACAGCAAACACUGUUGAAUGUAGACAGAGAGGGUAUCUUGUCUGAAAGGACAGACAACAUUUCAUAUACUUGUUCUAUGGAGCUAUCAGAACAACCCCAUAGAGCCAAUACCCUGCAGGAACUAAGCCUAACAGAAAUAAUCUCAUGUUUUUCCCCACUUCACUCCACUUCCAUUGAUUGUAAGCGCCCUGGAGUAGACUUGUCUUCUCCUUCUUUGUAAGCAGCCCCGGCACACAUAUGGUGCUAUUUGAACAAAUAAGACCCUGGUGAUGAACCUUGACAUUCAAAGUUGCCUUUGGGGAAGUUCAAGGAAGCAAGUAAAUGUGAAUGAAAAAGAACCCCCUACUUUGCAAGUAUGUUGAGAAUACAAUAGAUAUUUGACCCUCCUUGUCACCAUAUGCUAGUAAGAUGUGGGAGCCAUCGCUUGGCAGAAAUGCAGGGGAAGAAAGUCGCACAAGUUGUUAUUUGUUCAUUUUAUACCUUUCCCUUCCUUGAAAUUUUCAGGGUAGCUUUCAAAAAUGGAUUUUUUAAAAAAUGCAACUUAAAAAUGUAUACAAAAAUAUAAUGAAACAGGCAAGCUCCAAGGCAACAAGGAUUGCUUGGGUUGAUUUGGCCGGUGGAAUGUUGAGGAGGAAGUAGCUGGUUGGGGGAGAUUGGUUAGGAAGGAAUGGCUUGUGACUGCCUGCCUGCCAGCCAUAUAGAUGUUUGUGUGUGUAUACAGUGAUGCUCGAUAACUAUGGCUGCAGCUGGUGUGUCAUAUCAAUACAUGACUGAAAACCUAGACGAAUGACUGAUUCUGCUGAUAAGGAUGGCUGGUGGUCGGGUCUUGCAGUUUUUAUUUGUGGGAGGCAAGAUCAUUCGCAUUGCAGCCUCCACGCCCCUACCCACCCACCCACCCACCCACUAAACUAUCCCUGCUGGCAAGACAACCAUGCAAGGCAUGCCAAUUAUACACAAUACAGUAGUGGUAGUAGGAGAUGGAAGAGGUUUUUGGUUGGUCUGCAUUUUUUUAAGCAGACUUACCUAAUUUGGAACUCCUAGGCUAAUACAUAUCACACCAUAAAUUAUCCUUGGGGUUUUGUACAUUUCCAAAUUUUGCAAUAUACUUUCCCACCCAGAAAGCGUAUCAAAAUGCAUACGUUAGGACAGAAUACAUUUAGAAAUGUAACACUGAAAUUAAAAUAGGUAUUUAAAUAUGCAUAUUGUGAUAAGGUACAUACUUAAGUGCACAUUUAAAUAUUAAUUUCUGAAUGGGAAAAAGGUGCAGAUUAAUGUAGAAAUGGACAGAGCCAGACUAUGGAACGAACACAUGCAAAAUUGACCAAGGCAGAAAAUAGAUCUGUUAAUCCCAAACUGGUAGAUACUGAGGGGUUUUGGGUUUUUUUUUAAAACCAUACUGGAGAAAUUUGAUAUUCUACUAGCACUGUUUCAGCUUGUCAUUUUUUUACUUUAAUAAUUUUUGGGCCUUUCCGAAGAAACUGUGUCUGUAACCAACAUUCGCUAGAUAAGGACUGGGUGUACUAACGUUGUGCAAUGAGAUAAGAGAGAACACUCUACAAAAAUUUUCUUGAGUAGGUUAUUAAUUUAAAGGAGUAUACAAGUGAAAUACUUGCUGAAAAUACAUUUGCACUUUAAAGCAUAAAGAGAUAAUAGAUAAUAGAGGGCAAGUAGAAUGAAUCAUUGAAUAAAUUCCACCAACUCAUGAGGAUGUUAUUUGAUUUAUUCGUUCGUCCCAGUUUGUUCUCUCAUUUUACAGGGCUGGCCACUGGGACAGCAAAGGAUGCUGUUUCCUUUUAUUCUGUUGAAAAGGCUUUCUUACUUGCCAGAAAAACAGGGCUGUUUUGUUCCAUUGCAGCAGAUCUCAUAUGAGUUCCAUAAGCUGCUUCAUCGGGUCUCUACCUUAACUGCAGCACCACUGACUUUGUUUAAUUCUGCAGUUCCUUUCUCAUUCUUCUCAACUUGAAUCAAGUUCAAAUUCCUGCAAUAUGCUUAGAUACCAAGGUCUGUCUUUUUGAACUUGCGAAUUGAUUUGUCUUGGAUCAUUAACCCAUACAUUCUUUAUCAUAUUUCCUCAUACUGUUUUGACCAAAGCACAUUUGCAGGUGGCAAAAAACACUCCACUGGGAAGUAGCGUCUGUUGCGCUGUGGCGUGCACCAGAUUUAGGGGUUUUUUAUGAUCUGUAGUGAUACUCACCUAUGUGCUUUCCUUCAGGAAUGUCAUCGUUCCCAUGAAUAGAUCUUGACUGGUUGGAACACAUGGCGAACAAAACACUCGGCUGUAAUGCGGACAGUUCUUGCUUAUAAGAUUGGGUUUCCUUGUAGUAACUGUGCAUUUUCUCCUCCAGUGCCACAUGUACACUUGUACCAUUGUAUUGUUCAGACAGGCUGUCAUACCAGAUUCAUAGAGCCUUCCUUUAGGUGGAGAUAUCAGUGACUUGCGAGACAGAUGUGUCGGCUUAGUGCUUUAAAUGCACUUACAGAUUUAAUCUCAUAUGCUCCUAAAAGCAGCUGGUAAAUGUGAGCUAUCCUUUUUCCUUAUCAGCUUUGUUGUGCAUGAAUUAACAGGCACAGAGCUGUGAAAUCUACACAGUAAGCAUCCUUUACAUCUCCCUCUUGAUCUUUUCGUUGUUUAAAGCACUACAGUACUCAACUACCUGCCCCUUGCCAGUGGGGAAAAAGGACACACUCGGAUUCUGUCCCUCCACUCUCUGCAUUUGUGAUCAGGGACUUCAGCAUAUUGCUAGGGUGGUCUACUAAUUACAGAUCUAUGUCUCAUGAUAAAUCACUUUUAAAAAAAUACAGUACACAUUAAAUAUUGUAUUUUCAACACAGGGUGGUAUUUUUGCAUGUCGGAAUAAAAAGAGACACUCCCUCCCAAAGUGUGCCCUGAAUUCUGUCUUAUCAAUUAAAAUUUUUCCUCCCAUUGAUUAACGGACACAUUAAUUAGUCUGCUGAUUAAACUGGUUCAGUUUCCAUCCGAACAAGGCAUCCUGCUUGUGUACAGUCAAACCUUGGUUCCCAAAUGGCUUAGUUACUGAGCAAAUCGGCCCCCGAACGCUGCAAACCCGGACGUAAGUGUUCCAGUUUGCGAACGUUUUUGGGAAGCUGGACAUCCAACGCAGCUUCCGCUUGAAUGCAGGAAGCUCCUGCAGCCAAUCGGAAGCUGCUCCUUGGUUUGCGAACGGAUUCGGGAGUCGAACGGAUUCCCAGAACGGAUUAAGUUCCACUGUAUAUGUCAAUUCCACUCCCCACCCCAAAUGCAGAUCUAAACAGAUUCCACAGCUUUGUUCAUUAGAGCUACAUUGGGGGACCAUUGCCCAUCUUCAUCCCUUGACUGCCUUUACCAGUGCCAUCCUAGUAACUUCAUGCAUGUUGGAGACAGGAGCAGUCACAAGCCCAGGACACAGAAUAAUAAUAAUAACAAUAACAACAAUUAUAUUUAUACCCUGCCCAUUUGGUUGGGUUGCCUUAGCCACUCUGGGGUGCUUCCAGCAAAUAUAAGAACAUAAUAAAACACCAAACAUUAAAAAAAUUCCCACUUGUACUGGUGUUUGGUGCCUUCAUCCUGAUUUGUGCUGCUGUGCCAGCACAGUGGCCCACAGAAUAGUGACUAAACUGAAUCUUACUGAUAGUAUCUGAACAACCAAAAGUGCUAGUUGGUACCCAAUAUAUCCCCACCCCGGUAUUGCUUAACAUCAACUCCCAGCAUCCCUGGCCAUGCUUUCUGUAGAUGAUGGGAGUUUAGUUCAGCGACAUUUGGAGGGCAAAGGGUUCCCCACUACCUUAACUAACUAAGUCAUUUUCAGGGUAGACUCAAAUAAAUCAGUGGAUUUAAGUUGGUCAGUAUGUAACUUGUCCACUGAUUUCAGUGGAUCCUCUCUUACUAUAACUUAGUCAAAUAGCAUCAAUUAUUUCAUGAGUUUUUAAAAAUAGUACGGGACUUUGACAGAGCUGGCAAAGAUACAGUCGUCUGGGAAAUGUGGAUUCAUAUUUGUAUGUUAUUAAUGUGUGUGUCUGUUUUGAUUUUGAAGAUUGUAUAAACAGACUUAAAUCUUGCUUACAACUAAGGGGUCUAAACUGAGGAACGGUGCUGUUGCUUGUGUGUGAUAAUUGCAUUUUGAAACAAAGCAAAUUAAUGUUGUUUUUUCUGUUUUCACCAUUUCCCUAGGUUGGCAGCCUCGCUGGUUUGUUCUUGAUAACGGGAUAUUGUCUUACUAUGAUUCACAGGAUGAUGUUUGCAAAGGCAGCAAAGGCAGCAUAAAGAUGGCAGUGUGUGAAAUCAAAGGUAGGCUCUCUCAAUAAGAAAACUCUCCUUACCUUCUAGGCUGAGGUCUCUAACGUGAGCAGUAGGGCUGGGCGAUACCUGGUUUUCAGUAUUGCAAUAUAUCGCCAGCUAAACAUCGUGAUAUACCGAUAUAUCACAAUUUCUGAAAUAAGGAUGGAGCUAUGUAGUGGCGUUGCCUGGCUUCACAGUUUUUACCACAUUGUGAUUUUUGCACGCUUGCACACACAUAACGAUUCGCAAUAUAUUGCCAGGUCAAAAACUAUCACAAUAUGGACUUCAAACCGGUUUUGGAGGAUAUAUCGCCCAGUCCUGCUAGGCAGUCGUUGCAAAAUAAGCCUAUUAUUUCAAGCAUCAGCUUGACGCCUAGUACAAGUACAAAUGUUAUUACUGUAUAUAGCCACAGGUCCAGUAAUUGAGGGUCUGCUUCUCCCUUUGCUCCUUCGUUUUUUUGGGUUUUCCUCCCACCUCUUUCUUACCCAAUGUCACCCCGCUGUUCUCCAGAAUCACCCAGAGAGGCUCUGCUGCCUUUGUCUUCCUUCAUCAGGUGAAAAACUGUGGGUUAUAUCUGGUGGUUGUGCCACUCAGAGUAGACCAUUGGAAUUCAUGAACCUAGAUUAGUCAGGUCCCUUAAUUUCAAUGGGUCUAUGCAGAGUAUGACUAACAGUGGAUAUGCAAUGGGCAGGAUUCACCUAACCACCCUGGGCAUGGACUUCUGCUUUUUCAAUGGGGCUUUCCCCCUCUUUGCCUCCCACACCCCCUGAAAUAGGUGUUUCCCAGAAUAGUGCAGGGGAGAGGGUAUUGUUCCAUCUGGCAGGCUGGAAUGCUUGUGCUGCUGGAUCCGACUGGGAUAUAGAAUCCUAGAACUGUAGAGUUGGAAGGGACCCUGCGGAUCGAACCUGCAACCUUGGUGUUACCAGCACCAUGCUGUAACCAACUGAGCUAUCCACAUGGGAUUGGAAGAGUGCAACACUGAAUUCCACCCAAUGGCUGUAUUCUACCUCCACUAUCAGAGGCAGCAUUGCCACUGAAUACCAAUUGCUUGGAAUUGCCGAUGGGGAGAGCCCUGUUGUGCUCAGGUUUUGCUUGCAGAUAUCCUCAAAGGCAUCUGGUUGGCUGCUGUGAGAACAGUAUGCUGGACUGAUAUACUAGAUGAUGAUGAUGAUAAUAAUUUUUAUUUAUACCCUGCCCUCCCCAGCCAAAACCGGACUCAGAGCGGCUAACAUCAAAUGUAUAACCCAUUAACAUAAAAUCAGGCAAUCAAUUAAAAUACAUCCUAAAAUCAGAUCAGGAUCAGAAUAACAUUCAAUCAGAUGGCAACCCGCAGAUUAGGGUUGGGGACCUUAAAUGCUUACCAGGCCCAACUGUUUGUGCUGAACUUAUAUGAGCCUGUGAGAAAAAUUGGGAGGCCACUGUCAUGCAAGUUCGUAUGAAAGGGGAGGGGGAGUCAGACUGAACCCUGACCAAAGGCCUGGCAGAACUGCUCUGUCUUGCAGGCCCUGCGGAAAGAUGUCAAAUCCCACAGGGCCCUGGUCUCUUGUGACAGAGUGUUCCACCAGGCUGGCUCUAAUCUCCUUGAGGCUCGGGACCUCCAAAAUGUUAUUAUUUGCUGACCGUAAGGUCCUCUGUGGGGCAUACCAGGAGAGGCGGUCCCGUAGAUAUGAGGGUCCUAGGCCGUAUAGGGCUUUAAAGGUUAAAACCAGCACCUUAAACCUAACCCUGUACUCCACCGGGAGCCAGUACAGCUGGUAUAGCACUGGGUAAAUGUGAUCCCGUGGUGAGGACCCCGUAAGGAGUCUCUCCACAGCAUUCUGCACCCGCUGGAGUUUCUGGAUCAGGUUCAAGGGCAGCCCCACAUAGAGUGAGUUAAAAUAAUCAAGCCUGGAGGUGACCGUCGCAUGGAUCACAGUGGCAAGAUAUUGGAAGUAGGACAGUCGUAACUGGGAAAUACUAACUCUGUAAUUCCAGGCAGUCUUUGAAAAAUCUGUGCUUCUAAUUUAUCUCGCCCCUGUCGCAAGUUCAUCCGACCGACAGCACCAGGAUGGAGUUAAUCAUCCCAGGGGAACAGCAUUUCUACAUGAAAGCCGUUAAUGCAGCUGAACGACAGCGGUGGCUGGUAGCCCUGGGGAGCUCGAAAGCCUGUUUGGCAGACACCAGAACAAAAAAAGAAAAAGGUACUCAUACUUUCUAUUUUUAAAAAAGCAAAAGCAAAAACAACCUAUUAAAAACACCUGGUUUUUAACUAUUGUAGUUAUCGGUCAAAUGCCCAUCAAAUGUAAAGUAAUUAUUUAUGGCAGUAGGUGGCACACUUUUGAGGGGUUUUGAGGUUUACAGCUCCUUACAUUAUUAUUUCUUAACACUAGCAAAGCCCAUAGUAUUUUCUAAGCACCCUAGAGAUAUUAAAAGACAAGAUGGGCCCUGCACACGGUGAGUGGAGGCUGGUCUGUUAGGGCGGAUAGGGCCCUGCCCCAGCUACCUCAGUCUGCCCUUAGCCAACCAUCACCUGUCUAUCUUCUUAUUUACAUCCAGUCUAGACAGUGGUCCUGGCGACCAGCUUCCUCCACCUUAGUCUCAGUGUUGCCAUCAUAGGAGGAGGAUGGGGACAGAGCAAAAAUUAGUUGGCUCAUUGGCCCUGGCUCCUGUUUGGAUUUUAUCUUAAGUCAAGUCAGUUGGAGACAUUUGUUGUUGUUGUUGUAUAAAGCGACUAACAAAUGUAACUAAUAAUAAUAAUAAUAAUAAUAAUAAUAAUAAAAGUCAGACAUUCCUUUUGUUUAGAGGAAUAUACAGUGGUACCUUGGUUCUCAAACUUAAUCCGUUCCGGAAAUCCAUUCCAAAACCAAAGCAUUCCAAAACCAAGGUGCACUUUCCCAUAGAAAGUAAUGCAAAACGGAUUAAUCUUUUCCAGACUUUAAAAAACAACCCUUAAAACAGCAAUUUAACAUGAAUUUUACUAUUUAAUGAGACCUUUGAGCCAUAAAAUAAAAGCAAUAAUCACUGUAAAGGUAAAGGACCCCUGACAGUUAAGUCCAGUCGCAAACGACUCUGGGGUUGUGGCACUCAUCUCGCUUUACUGGCCAAGGGAGCCGGCGUUUGUCCGCAGACGGGUUUUCCGGGUCAUGUGGCCAGCAUGACUAAGCCGCUUUUGGCGAAACCAGAGCAGUGCAUGGAAACGCUGUUUACCUUCCCGCCGGAGCGGUACCUAUUUAUCUACUUGCACUUGACGUGAUUUCGAACUGCUAGGUGGGCAGGAACUGGGACAGAGCAACGGGAGCUCACCCCGUCGCGGGGAUUCGAACCACCGACCUUCUGAUUGGCAAGCCCCAGGCUCAGUGGUUUAGACCACAGCGCCACCCGCGUUCCCAAUAAUCAAUGUACUAUAGUAUAAAAUAAACAAGACAGUAUUGUAGAUGAUAAAAAUUAAAAGUAUUUUUUCUUACUGCACUGAUGAUAGUCAUUGUUUGGAUGGGGGGCUUUUAUCCAUUUCCACAGUGACACAAUCAAUCAAUCGAUCAAUCAAUCAAUCAGUCAGUAGCUGAACUGGGUUCCACACAGCCACAAAAACAAAUGCACUGAAAAAGCCUCAAAAACAAAAAUGCAAAAUAAAUAGCAAAAACAAACGCGCCAAACUUAAUCCGUUACGGAAGUCCAUUUGACUUCCGAAAUGUUCGAAAACGAAGGCGCGCAGCUUCUGAUUGGUGAAGGUGUGAUGGAAACGAUAGUCGACAGCUGCAUUGGACGUUCGGCUUCCGAAAAGCGUUCGAAAACCGGAACACCUACUUCCAGGUUUUUGGUGUUUGGGAACCAAAGCGUUUUGAGAACCAAGGUACCACUGUAAAUGCCUACAUCUUAAAACUUGUCACGGGAAAUUACAUACCUGACCAGUGAAGUUUCUGCUUCCCAAUGUCCUUGCAGAAGUUAAUGAAACCAAUGAAUCUCUGAAAACCAAAAUGUCUGAGCUUCGUCUCUACUGUGACCUUCUAAUGCAGCAGGUCCAUACAAUUCAAGAAUACGUUCACCAUGAUGAAAAUCACUUGUCGCCCAGCAUUGAGGUAUCGGAUCAUUUUUUCAAUUAAUAUUAUUUGUUUUGGAUUGGGAGGAGAAGCAUCAAGUUGGACCCACCACUUUAUCCAGUAGGGCCCAAAUACAACUCUUUAGUUUCAAUAAUUACUUUUGGUUUAUGUAUAUAUUAAAUGGCCUAUUUAGUCUGGUCUUCUCGAGUUUUUAAAUCUGUGUUUUUAACUUUGGAGUUGUUGGUGUGUUUUUAUUUUCCUGUUGUAUGUAGGUUGCUUUUGAUUUUAUGACUUCCUAUUUCCUAUUUUGUUUUUUGACUUACUUAUUCUGAGUCACCAACAGAACUUUGUUAUGGGGCAGCAUGUAAAUGUUUAGAUAAAUAUAAAAAACACAUCACUCUUUCAUCUCCAGGUCUACUGAAAGGGGCCUGCACAAAUAAAAUUACCGUAUUUUUCGCCCCAUAGGACGCACCUUUUCCCAUCCAAAAAUGAAGGGGAAAUGUGUGUGCGUCCUAUGGGGCGAAUGCAGGCUUCGCGCAGAUCUCCGUAAGCCGUGGGAGCCCGCACCGGGCUCCCACGGCUUGCGGAGAGUUGCCUGCAUGCUGAAGGCUGGGCGCGCUGAGCUCAGUGCGCCCAGACUUCGCGCAGCUCUCCGCAAGGCGCGGGAGCCCGGCGCUGGGCUCCUGCGGCUUGCGGAGAGUUGCGUGCAUGCCGAAGGCCCACUGAACUCAAGAGAGAUUGCUUCUGAGUAGACUUUCAUAGGAUUGCACAGUUAGCAGCAGGUUGGAUUUGAUUUAAAUCACAAUUUAAAUCACUAGUCAGUAAGACUUGAUUUAAAUAUAUAUAUAUAUAUUUACAGAAAGACUCAUUCUUGCUGUUAUAAUCUUAAUAUUUACAACUAGAUGAAGGCUUCAUUUUUGGAACAAUAAAUUUUUAGAGUAGUUUUUACAGUUAUAUCAAAAAUUACUGAUUUGGUUAUACUAUUUGAAAUACAUGCAGUGAUAAUUAUGAAAUUAUUGUGAGGUUUAAUAAGUUAACUUUAUAUUUGGACAACUUUUCUGCUGUACUUUAUUGGAAGGAGAAAAAUAACCAUUCCCUUAAUAACAAUUUAAACAAUUUAUUUAACUAAAACAAUAACAUUAUAGCAUAUGUUUGUUAGCCGAUGUGGUUAAACAUCUUUUUUUAAAAAAAACCUAGACUGAGUUUUAGCACACAUGAAAAACUUAAACAGAUCCUUAUUUCCUGAUGAAUAGUCUUUGGACUAUAAUGUAACUUAAAUAGAAAACUAACUUUAGAAAGAUUUUUCCUCCAAAAGCAUUUUAUUUUCAAAAUCUGAUUUAAAUUUUAAAAAAUCUGAUUUUUUAUUUUUUAUUAUCCACCCUGGUUAGCAGGAAUUUCAGGUCCUUGGCAUUCGCAAAUGAAAAUGCUCAUCCUUCCGUUGCACCAGAGAAAAUUGUUACACCACAACAGAAACGCCAGCGGUGUUUUGGCCUACUUUUAUGUCUCUGUCUGCCUUUACAGCAGGGAUGUGAAAUCUGUGGCCCCUUCAGAGGCUGCUGGGACACCAUCAGCCCCAGGCAGCGUUGCCAAUAGUCAAGGAUAAUUACCCAAAUGCUGAAUGUUCCUCGGAGUCAGUCUAAAAUACGAGCCAAGAAGAAUGCUACACAAGCUUGCAGUUCGUUAAAGAGUUGACAUGUUGCCCAGCCACCGUCUCCUGUUUCACCAAAAAGCUUUUAUUGGGCAACAGAAGUUAAGUGAAUUCACCUUUCUCAAUUGCUUCCCAUGUUUCCAGAAUAUGAACGAAGCGUCCUCCUUGCUCAGCGCUACCUGUGACACGUUUAUCACGACCCUCGAAGAAUGUGUGAAAAUAGCAAAUGCCAAGUUCAAGCCAGAGAUGUUUCAGUUGCCUCAUCCGGAUCCUUUAGUUUCUCCUGUGUCGCCUUCACCUGUGCAAAUGGUUGGACAUUUUUUAAUCUCCCCCCCCCCCGCCCCCAGCCUGAAGAGAAUUUGAGAGAGUAUGGUGGUGGAAUAGUUUUCAAAAGGAGAGGUUUCCCCAAACUGCCAUAGUCUGCUUUUCCCAAGUCAAUGAGUUGAUCCUCUCUCAAGAGUAAUUAAGGCUGUGAUCCUCACCAGGAAAUAAGUGUCUACAUUUUUAAGCAUCUGCAAGUGCCUGGCUGCAUGUGCGUGUGGAAGCAAACUUGGAUAUGUUUUGGGGUAGUCAGUGAGGCCUUUCAGUGCCCAAUAAAGUCAGUGGGAUUUAUUUGUGAGCGAAAUACGUUUGUCAUUUUUCUCCUGCCCUCCCUCCAAGGAGCUCUGGGGCGGCCUACAUGGCUCCUCCCUAUUGUAUCCUCACAACUACUCUGUGAGGUAGGCAAAGAGCCCAAAAUUACCCAUGGAGCUUUGUGGUUGAAUGGUGAUUUGAACUCUGGCCACCCCUCCCCACCCCCAGCCUUAGUUAGCACUCUCUAACCACCUGGCCACACUGGAUCUAUGUUUAUUGUUUUAUUUUAUGUAUUUCUGUUUUUAACCUUGCCCUUCCUCCAAAAGGGGAGGCCAUGAUAGAACAUCUGCUUUGUUGUACACAGGAGGUCGCACCCUGGUCCAGUCCUCAAUAUAUUCACUGCUUUGAGGGUUUGGGGGGGUUAUUUAUUUAUUUAUUUAUUUUGCAAUCAAGAGGUAUAUAAAUUUUAUGAAAUAAAUAAGUAGGGCUGGGCAAUUUCCUGUUUGAAUCCCAGGAAAGCUGCUGCUAGUUCAUUGUAGUAAUAUCCAAGGAAACACUCUGCAAAACCAAAUGUACAGUUAUGUUUAUUUGGUUCUAUGUUUCCAAGAGAAUCCAUCAAGAGUGCAUAAUUUGUGAUUUUCAGAGAUUUAUAAGAUUUCUGUACAUUUGGUACAGAUGCAUAUUUCAUAUAUUUCAUACUGUUCAAUGUUGUGUAUAGAUUAUAUUGUUUAUAUUGACAUCGCAUUGUUGUACUUCGUAAACUUGCCUUGGAUAUUACUGAUAAUUGUUUGCAACACAGGGGUUUAAUUGUUUGGCCAGUUCAGUGUAGGCAAUACUGAACUAGAUGGACCAGUAGUCUGACUCAGUGGCGUAGCGUGGGUUGUCAGCACCCGGGGCAAGGCAAGUAAUUUGCGCCCCCUGACCCGUGGAUUUUAGUAGGGGCAGAGAGCUGCGAGUGCGAGCGCGCUCCCCCCCCCCAGAUGUUGCGCCUGGUGCGGCCGGCCCCCCCUGCACCCCCCACGCUACGCCACUGGUCUGACUCUAUAUGAGACAGCAUCCUAUGUUUAAAAUUACCUGCUUCAAAAUAAAACAAACACCCACCCAAUCCAUCCCUUAUUUUUUCUUUAUUAAAGAAAGCAUCAUCCUUAAGAUACAGAUAACCAACAAAGAAUUAGGAAGUAUGUAAUAACCUGUUUUGUUUUAAAAUUACUUUCUAGAUGAAACGUUCUGUUAGCCACCCAGGUACUUGUAAUCCAGAGAGGUAAGUACAAAAUGGUGAACGUAUUACUUUUUAAAGUCUGGAAACCAACCAGCCAACCAAUAAAUAGAAAGGUUCUUCAUUAUUAUUAUAUGAAGCCCCGUAUCGUCUCAAAUAAAAAAGCAGUUAUCUGUUUCCUGGUUAAUCCAAACUCGCAGUAUGGUAUUCAGCCAAGUUUCACUCAGAGCCAGACCCAUUGAAAUGAAUGAGCAUGGCAAAGUCAGGUCCAUUCACUUCAAUGGAUCUACUAUGAGUAAAAUUUAAUUGUUGAAUACCACCCACAGAAAGCUUCUUUGCAUGACGGGCACAAAUAUGCAGAUUCCUGGAGCUGACAGAUGGCAUGCUUCUCUCCGGUACUUUUUAUUUGCUGCUUUGUCACACUAAACCAAGGUUUGGCAUAGCAUGUCAUCUGAACCAGGACUUGUGUUUAAGUUCUGUUCUCACUAACCACCAGUUGUAGCCAAGAACCAGCCUUGGUUACAGCUCUUGUUUAUAUAUUUAUCUUUCUUUUAGAUAAUGCCUUUUUUCUCCAAGAAGCCAAAGGUGGCAUACAUGGUCCUCUCACUCCCAGUUUUAUCCUCGUACCUAUCCUCUGUAUAGGUGUUUUUCUGAGCCUGGGCCUUCAACUCUUGGUCACCAGCUAACUAGGCACAUUGCAACAGUGCUGCGCUCGAUGAAAGAAAGGGAAGGACAGGAGAGGGGUUUUUUGUUCAUUUGUUUUUCCCUAUGCCCCCCCCAAAAAAACAUGUUUCAGAGGGUUAAGGACCCUGCAGAACAAAUGGGAGAGGUGGCACUGUGGGGAUUUCAGAGGGAAGGGAGAAAUGGCCUUCUGCUUCUUUCAGUGAGAGCCUCUGCUGGAUCUCACUCGCUUACACUAACGGAAAGAGCUCUUUAUUUCCCCAAAGGGCAAAUCCAGAAAGGGCAAAUCCAACCCCACGACUAUUAUUUAGUUGAUUUUGGGGGGUUGAAUUUGGAUUGUUUGCCUGCCUAUUCAAGAAAUUGUUUUGCAUUGUUUUAACUUCAUUGGGUUGCUUUCUGUUUAAUUUUCUUUGAAUCACCUUGGGCACUGAAUAGUGGGGCAUACAUUUUCUUCUUUUUUUAAAUGCUGCAGUGCCACCAGCCACACACAAAGCCCUGUCCAUGCUUCUGACACAGUUGUACCUUGGAUCCCAAACACCCUGGAACUCGGACGUUUUGGCUCCCAAACGCCACAAACCCAGAAGUGACUGUUCCAGUUUGUGAACGUUCUUUUGGAAGCCUAAUGUCCGAUGGGGCUUCCACGGCUUCUGAUUGGCUGCAUGAGCUUCCUGCAGCCAAUCAGAAGCCUCGAUUUGGUUUUCUACCGUUUUGGAAGUUGGAACAGACUUCCGGAAUGGAUUCCGUUCGACUUCCAAGUAUGUGACACAAGAUGGUCGUCUCCUCUUGUUGUGAGUGGAUGCCCAUGUGUCUCCCAUGGAGAUCCCUUCCACAUACAGAACUCCUGUCUCUCUUUAAUAUUUUUGGUACCUUAUUUCAGGAAAGUGUACCAAACAAAGACCAUUUUUAAAAUUAAGUAAGAUGAGCUGGAGAGAACUUUGGGUGUUAAGGACACGUAAUGAAAUGUGCAAUGCUAUUUCAUUUGCAGGAGCAGUCACUCUGUAAAAGAACCAAAUUCAUCCUCUCACCGGUUAUCCCAAAGGUGGAGAAGGACAGUCUUAGAUCCAGAACCUUCUGUAGAUGUUCCCCCUGAUGAUAUAGACAGUAAGUUCUGGUGUACCCAUGUGCAUUCUACUAUCUUUGUGCUUCAGUUGGAUUCUUGUUCUACUUUGAGAUAGAAGACUCCGCGGCCAUUAUCUAUCCUAUAACAAAUCAGCUACAGAAAUGAGCAACGUAGUCUCCUGCAUUGCCGCAGCCAAGCUGGGUGCUCAAGGAGUUUGCAGCUUGCCUUUUGGCACAUUCAAGAGCCUCCAUGUGGACUCCAUCUAUACUUUUUGAACAUAGGUAUGAAAAAGUAGGAGACUUUUAAAAUGGCAAAGCACAGGCAUGCUGCUGCCCAUUGUGAAGUGCAUGUUAGUUUAUAGGAGUGAGUUUCUUCGCAAUAAAUACAGGAAUGAUGAUCACAUCUGUUUUUCUCAUAGGGAAAUGUGGCCAUUUAAACAUACAUGUGCUGCCUGCAAGUGAUUGCUCUGCGCACACAUAGCACAAAUUAAAUUCAGAGAUUUGGGGUAUCUAAAUAUCAGUAUUCAUCAUUUGGUGCUUGAUGGAAAUAGGUUUGGCACUAGUUCAUGCUUCUUUGGGAGACUUGCUCUAGACUUUUUAAUAUUAGUAAUAAUAAUAAUAAAUUUAUUAUUUGUACUCUGCCCAUCUGACUGGGUUUCCCCCAGCCACUCUGGGCAGCUUUCAGCAGAUAGAAGAACACAAUAAGACAUUGAACAUUAAAAACUUCCUUAUACAAAGCUGCCUUCAGAUGUCUUCUAAAAGUUGUAUAGUUAUUAAUCUCCUUGACAUCUGAUGGGAGGGCACCACUACCGAGAAGCCUGGUUCCCUGUCACGUCACAUCUCACAACGAGGGAACCACCAGAAGACCCUCAGAGCUGGAUCUCAGUGUCUGGGCUGGACGAUGGGGGUGGAGAUGUUCCUUCAAUUAUACAGGGACAAGGCUUUUAAAGGUCAGCACCAACACCUUGAAUUGUGCUUGGAAACAUACUGGGAAUCAAUGUGGAUCGUUUAGGACUGGUGUUAUUUGAUCCUGGUGCCUGCUCCCGGUCACCAGUCUAGUGGCCACCUUCUGGAUUAGUUGUAGUUUCCAAGCCACUUUAAAAGUAGCCCACAUAGAGUGCAAAUAAUUUUUAAGAAUUGAAAUCAUGCCUGUAUAUUUUUACUGGGCCGAACUUAGAUCCUUUCUCUUUAUGCCCUGCCCCAUUUGGAGGUGUGGAAAAGGACAUCUGAAGAGUCAAUCAGGGUCGACAAGGCUGGGCUGGAUGGUCAAAUAGUCUAACUUUAUAUAAGGCACCCAGCUUGUCAAGGUCCAGCAGGGAGAGAUGAAGGGGGGUUAAGAAGCUUCUUUCAGCCAUAUGUUGAUCUCUUCCGACCCUAGAGUUCUGUGCUGAGCACAUUGGAUAGGAUGGAGCACAACAUUUGUGUGCCAUCAAGCCGAAAUGACUAAAUGCAACAUUUUCCAAGGCACAGUUGAAAACAAACCCCAAUCUGUCUCUUUGUAGGACCAGCAUACUGUUCCAGGCAUACUCUCAAUGGAGACUUGGCGCCUUCAACCAUUUCCGACACAGCCCUGUUGGUGUCAAAGAAACAAUCAGAACGCGAAGAGACUCUACCGCCUACAUCCUGA